UAUUUAUUUAAAUAAAAUCCAAAUGUAAGGAGCACCAGGUAAUUAGUUAUCUUUUAAUUUAAUCUGUAGAAGUCCCAAGAAGAUUUAGAUUGCUUGAAGAACUCUAAAAUGGAGAAAAAGGUAUCGGUGAUGGAACUGUAAGCUAUGGAUUAGAAGAUGGUAUAAUAAAUAUCUGAUAUUUGUAGCUGAAGAUAUGUAAAUGACUAAUUGGAAUGGAACAAUCCUUGGACCUUAUAAUGUAAUAUUUAAUUUAAUAUCAUAGACUGCAUUUGAGAAUAGAAUCUAUUCACUUAAAAUAACUUGUGGUCCAUAAUAUCCUAAGGUUGCUCCCCAAGUCAAAUUUGUUACUAAAGUCAAUCUUCCUUGUGUAUAAGCAAAUGGAUAGGUAUCUAUUACUUACUUAAUCAGAUUGAUAUUAAUAAAUUUGGCAUUUUAAAAAAUUGGGUAUCCAAAAAUACUCUAGAAAACAUCUUAACAGGAUUAAAAAAUGAAAUGAGUUCCGCUGCUAACAAAAAAUUAUAAUAACCACCUGAUGGCCAAACCUAUUGAGUUACAAUAAUCAAUAUAUAUAUAUAUUAUAUAUAAGUAAGGAA